GAAAAAGAUGCCCAUCGGGAGUUAGGAACGAAGUCGCAGAUUUCGAAGUGCGCACCCUCUUGUCUCCAGGAUUCCCCCAGUCAUAUGAAACGAACGAGGAGUGUAUCUGGGGACUGCAGGCGGCCGCAUCUGGCUAUGACAUUCAGUUGGUCGUAGUGGAAAUGGACCUGAACAACAUUGACCAAGCCUGCAAUAACGACUAUUUAGAAAUUUAUGAAGGGGACAACACAUCCAAUCUUCAGAAAGUUGCCACGUGGUGCGGUCAAGAAAAACAGAUUUACAAAUCCAGACGCCGAUAUGUUCAACUUAAGUUUGUCUCAGAUGGGCACUUUGCUGGUGGUGGCUUUGCCAUUGAAUAUGGACUUGUAAAAUCUGCAAAUGCAUCCUGCGCAAGCCCGGAUCCAGCAGUGAUUGAAGUAGGAGUAGUCCCAGUUGUAGAUGUGUUUCAAGGCAGAGCAGAUAUGCCUAGUUGCAUUUGGAAGAUUCAAAGCCCAGUUGCAGACUCAAAUCUUGUGUUUGAAAUCUAUAAGCCUUCUUGGAUUAACUGUGGCGAGGGCCGCUUCUUGUUUUAUGAGGGAGAUACUAACUCAGGUCACGUCGAGUUUGAAUUCUGUUCAAAUAAGAACGCUUUCUCCAAGAUGUUCUUCUCCUCUGCUGUGGUCACCGUGGUGUUUGAGCAUGACCAGAGACAACUGCCGGAGGGACUGACUUUGAGGAUGUACAACAGACCUGUGCAAUAUAAUUGCUAUGAUGCUGGUUCCAUUCCUUCCAUUGAAAUUGGCGAUAGCCCAGUCAUGUUCAGCAUGCCUUACUCAAGGAACAGCGAGUCCACAAUUUGCCCAUUAAGACUCCAGACCAUGGACGAGAAUAGGCAGCUCCGUCUUGAUGUGAUGGGUGUGGAUGAGAGUCCUGCCUCGUGUAGCUCGGAUGUACUUAGAGUGACAGGCCCUGGCCCCAAAGCUGUAAUGAAGUAUUGUAACCGGGGAGAGAACCCUGUGUACCGUGGAGAAUCCCGAAUGGUGGUCACCUCAAAGACACAGAGCAAAAUCUUCAUGAGAGCUGCAGCCGUGUCUUCCGAAUGCAACGGUCUGACUAGUGACUUCACAGCGUACCCUGACCUUGUAGUCGAGCUUUCUUUACCAGAUGAUAAAGAUUAUAUCAAUUUGAGCCAGUGCCGGGCUCUGAUCAGGACACGGCAUGAUGACGAGAUCAUCCACUUGUCCAUCAAAUGGUCACUGCCACUACUGCAGCCAGGGGGACACUCAGAUUCAGACACCUGCUCAGGGGAUUAUCUCAAUGUGUAUGACGGAGCCAGUGAAUCAGCCCCACUGCUCUACUCUUCCUGUCACCGAUCAAAGAACCAAGGUCGCGUCGCAGAUGCUAUGCUGGUCAGCAGACAGAGUAGUUUGCUUGUUGUGCUGGAUGCGGACGCUAAAAUUGAAGGGUCUGCAGUCAAACUGGAGUAUCAUUCCAUUCCAGGUGGAAAGUACUGUUCAGGGAGAGAGGAGAUCAUGGUGAACGGUUCUCGGACGAACUUGACCUCCUUGAACUAUCCUGAUUCUUUGCCACUACGACAAAAAUGUGUCUACGAACUAAAGGCUGAGUCGUCCGAGGAAGUUAUUGUUGUAAAUGUUUUGGAUUCUAACCUGGCAGCCAAUUGCGAGACGAUGCUCACUGUAUACGAAGGUGAAUACCAAACAGGACUGGAAGACACACAGGUUGUAGGCAGAAUAUGUGGACAGGACACAGGGACUUUUAGGAUCCACGGGGGGCAUGGUGUGCUCUACACAAAGUCUGAUCAGGUGAAAGGGCCUGGGGGCUGGAUGCUGGAGGUAUACACCGAGAGCCCACCCAGUGGCUCAGCAAAACUCUGCGCACAUGCACAUCUUCUCUGGGCACUAGUCCUCAUCUUUUUUCUGGGUGUGUUUCGCUGAACGUGUGAUCCGAAACUUUAGGUUUACUUGAAUAUAAAUUGAUACACAGGGUGAAACCAUACUCAAACUGUGUGGAAGUGAUCUCGUGAAUGAAGAGAAUGAUUGCUGAAGAACACCGGAGUUAAAAAAUAUAUUAUUAAAUUAAUAUGCAAAGAAGAAUUGGUUUAAUCAGAAAAGGGUGGAAGGAAGGGGUGGAGAAAAAAUAGAGAAAGGAUUUUAAAAGGGCGAAAAAAAAUUGUUCUGAAACGUACGGGGACAAUAAUGCGAUUUCCUGAAAAAUUCAGUUUUCUCUAAACUAAAUUAUAUUUGAGAGAAAGUGAAACAUUUAAGAUUUAGAUUUUGUUUUGAUAGACACCAUAUUGAGACAGACAUGUAAUUUGAAUUUAUAUGAAAUUUUUUUCAAGUUUAUAAAAUAAAAUGAAAGUGAAAGACGAAUUGUAAAUUAAUUUUCCAAUAUUUCUAGGUCUUUAAAACAACGUAUGAGUGAAUGUUGUUGGAAUAAAUGUUAGAGAACGGGGAGGAUUUGUUUAUUUAUAAAUGUUUUUAUGUGAUUCUCUUAAAUUGUUUUAUAUUUUAUGGAAACUCCUUCAAAUUUUCAUCAAAUGCUAAGCAUUUGGGUUAUGUUUUGAACACUAUAAACGUAUUCAUAUCAAGCCAUUAUUUUCUUUUCUGUACUGAGUUAACCAUUUAUUCCGAGUCUUAUUGUAACCAUAACUACCUUUAUUGUGUAGACCAUUUUUGUCACUGUGUGCUUUUCCUACAUCUGAAUCUGUAUUUUUGUGAAGUUAGAUUGCAUACCUCUUGUUUAUAGCUUCUUCUGUGGGCAUUGGGUUUUUAAAAAAAUAGUUUUAAUCACUGUUUAUAUAAAGGGAACUGUGCUUCCAGAAUUACA